AUGAAAAUCGACGCCUCUGCGGAUCUAACUGGUGCUCCGCUGCAUCGGGCGGGCGCGAAGACUGCUGUUAUUGGGGCUCGAACAGUUGAUGCAGCAAAGGUGAGCCAGCAACGAGCUCGCAAACGGCGAAUUAACGAGCUGAUGAACGAGAACUUUAGAGACGUCAAGAUCGAGAUUCCACCAGCAUACUUGAAAGGAGGACCGAAAGCAGGCAAAACGGUAAAUUCUAGACGAAUUCUCGCGUCAAGAAGAACCCUGGCAAACCAUUUAGACGACGAUCAGUCGGCCACGCAAAAGUUCCUCAGCAUGGCCGCUCGGCCCAGUCCUUAUCCCUCACGCCCCAAGUGCUCAAUUUGUGGCUAUUUCUCCAAUGCUGUUUGUAUUCGCUGCGGCGCCCGAUACUGCUCGUUGGCGUGUAUGAAUGUCCACACCGAGACUCGCUGUCAGAGGUAA